AUGUCUCCUGAGUGUCAUGGUGGCCAUGAUCUCCUGGGAGGGAGCCCCUUGGGGAUCCCCCCUAGGAGAAGUUAAAUCCGGAGGCUCCCGGGAGAGAUCCCCCAUGGAUCCACCGGGCUCCCAGGGCCCGUGGCAGCCCAGGUGGAGCAGACCACUAAUUAAUUGGAAAGGGAGGAGGAGAGUUUCCAGACGCUUGGAAGAGGCUGAGGGGUGCAUCAGCCCUGGUGGGCUGAACCCUCUGUGGAGUCUUGGGUCUCCGUUCUGGUCCCGGGGGGAAAAAUCCCGUUACAGCCAGCAGGGAAAACCGAGCCGGAGACGAAGGUCCUGAUUGUUUCUCCCAUCUGGCCUCCCAGAAUGGUUGAGGACGCUCGGCUUUUGGCACAUACUCAUUUCUUUGCUCUCCCUGGAAGGUGGCAGCAAGUUUAAAGACCGCAAGGCAGCCACGGGGUAGCGUUUCCAACUGGGAUAACCCACUUGCCUUCAAUAAAGAUGAUUUUUUGCCAUCUAACUAAGCGUCUGGACAAUGCAACGCAAGGAAAUUCAUGGCGCGCUGUGGCUGGCUUGGAAUAUUCCCCUUUUCCAGCAGGCAGCUGCCAAGGAAUUCUCUGAAAUCCUCAUCUCCACGUGCUGCAGCUGAUGGAAACCAAAAUAAACCCUGAUAAAACGUUGCAUCAUGUCAAGAAGACGCUUGAAGGCAGGAUGGGAGCUGGGGAUAAUUUUGCUGCGGUUUCUGGUGGUGGCCUUCACUGCUGUUGGCCAAUUUGUGGAGAAAUGAGGCAAAAGUGUGAAUAAUUUGUUGAAAAGCAGAUGUGUGACAGGGAAUGUGCUGAACAUGCGACGCCAGGAGGAUGGAGGCCGUCAGAAGCAUUGACUGUGUCUCCAGAGCCGCUGAGGGAUCCAGGCCCUGUGUUUUCUACACGCCACGGCUUUGGCGACGUGACUUCGGGACAGACUCUGGGCGGAAUGUGCUGGCUGAUCACACCCAGCUCGGCUUGCCGCUCGCUCUGGGGACCUUCACCCGGCCGAAGGCGUAUGGGACGAGCAUGAGGGUUUCCAGAUGUCAUCUCCUGUCCCUGCCCAGCCACCUCGCAGGAGCAUGGCUCCUUGUCUACCUGGUUUGCUUCUGUGGUGCGGACGUGUUGGAGCAGCACCGAGUGCGGCUGGUGAACGGCUCAAACCGGUGCGUGGGACGAGUCGAGGUCUUUCAUGAUGAGAAGUGGGGAACCGUCUGCGAUGAUGGCUGGGACCUCCACGAUGCCACUGUCGUCUGCAAGGAGCUGGGCUGUGAGGCAGCGCUGUCUGCACCGGGCUCAGCUCAUUUUGGACCGGGCUCUGAUCCCAUCUGGCUGGACGACGUUCACUGCGUGGGGACGGAGUCUUCCCUCACCCAGUGCGAGUUCAGCAACUGGGGAGAGCACAACUGCCACCACAACGAGGAUGCUGGCGUGGUGUGCCUGGGCACGGACCCCUUGGAGGUGCGGGUGCGGGACGGCCCCGGUCCCUGCGCGGGGCGGGUGGAAGUGCUCUCCAACACUACCUGGUACGGGGUGUGUGGCAGCAGCUGGAGCUUGCUGGAAGCUGAGGUGGUCUGCAGGCAGCUGGGCUGUGGGCCAGCCCAGUCGGCGCCCACCAGAGCCCAGUUCAGCCCCGGGGACGGCCGUGCCUUGCUGGAGGGGCUGAGAUGCCGGGGGACCGAGGGGCUGCUCCUGGAGUGCCAGCAGAAGGAGAUGGGGCCGGGGGCAUGCCGGCAGGGCUCGGCGGCCAGCGUGGUGUGCGCGAUGCCCAAGGACCUCAUGCAAUCCUGUUCGGUGCUGGGGGGCCUGCUUGGCACCGAGGCGAUGCUCUGCGGCGUCCUGCUGGUUCUCUACCUGUGGGCGAGGUACGGAAGGCGGGCCGGAAGCUCCCUAGACAAGAUGCUUACAAAGAAGACUGAGGACACCGGUGUGGCAUCCCAGUUGGCUACUGGGACGUGCUGGGAUCAACCGGCAUCUUUCCAACGGGGACGGUUCCACGGUUCCACUCCGAGCUCCAGUUUGCGGGUUGGGAAUAUGGGGACGCGGGGCAGUCCCCGUCCCUCACCCAGCCCCCUCAGGCAUAGAAGCCCACCCCCCCCUGGUGGGCUCAAGCACGUGGGGACCCUCCUCCUACUGGCGUGCCUUUGGGGUUCGGCUGCCGAGAGCCCAGGGGGGGUCCUUCGCCUGGUGGGUGGCCCCAGCCGCUGCGCCGGGCGGGUGGAGGUGCUCCACAACGGGACGUGGGGGACAGUUUGUGAUGACGGUUGGGGCUCCCCGGAGGGUCGGGUGGUCUGCCGGCAGCUGGGCUGCGGGACGGUGCUGGCGGUGGCUCCGGGAGCUCGUUACGGAGAAGGAAUGGGACAGAUUUGGUUGGAUGAAGUCAACUGCACGGGGGAGGAAAGCAACUUGUCCCAGUGCCGAGCCAAACCGUGGGGGGAACACAACUGUCACCACGUGGAGGAUGCCAGCGUGGAGUGCUCAGAUUCCAGCCUGGCCGCUUUGGGAACCCUCCAGUUACGCAACGGUCCCAACCGGUGCGCCGGGAGGGUGGAGGUGCUCCACGACCACAUGUGGGGGACAAUCUGUGAUGACGGCUGGGACCUGGCGGACGCGGCAGUGGUGUGCCGGCAGCUGGGCUGCGGUGAGGCGCUGGUGGCCACUGGCGGGGCACAUUUCGGCAGGGGCCAUGAUCCCAUCUGGCUGGACGAGGUCAACUGCACCGGUGCCGAGGGGACCCUCUUUGAUUGCCACGCCACCGCCUGGGGGGACAACAACUGCUUCCACGGGGAGGACGCCGGGGUGAUCUGUGCAGCCUCGGGAUUACCGGUGAGCACUGAGCUCCGCCUGGCCAACGGCUCCAGUGGCUGCGAGGGCCGGGUGGAGGUGGCCCACAACGGCACCUGGGUGGCCCUGUGCGCCCAGGGCUGGGGGCUGCCGGAGGCCGGCGUGGUGUGCCGGCAGCUGGGCUGCGGCAGUGCCCUGGUGGCGCCCGAUGGGCAGCGUUUUGGCCAAGGCAGCGGCGGCAUGUGGCCCCACGGCGUGAGCUGCGCGGGCACCGAGCCCAGCCUGGCCACCUGCCAGGUGAAGGAGUGGCCCAACGGCACGUGUCACCGUGGGACAGGAGCCGGCGCAGUGUGCACAGGUAACGUGGAAGGCGACCGUGUGCGCUUGGUCAACUACAGCAACCGCUGCGCCGGCAGGGUGGAGAUUUUCCAUAACCAGCGGUGGGGGACGGUGUGCGACGACAACUGGGACCUACUGGAUGCCACCGUGGUUUGCCGGCAGCUGGGCUGCGGCCACGCGCUCUCAGCCCCCCGGGGGGGGCAGUUCGGACGGGGAGGGGGUGUCAUCUGGCUGGACGAGACGAAUUGCACUGGGAGGGAGCGCGCCCUGUCCGCCUGCCCCGCGCGCCCGUGGGGCGUCACCGAUUGCUACCACGGGGAAGACGCUGGCGUUGUUUGUUCCGCCUCGCUUGCCCCCGAGCCAGCCCAGCUCCGGCUGGCAAACGGCUCCCACCGCUGCGCCGGCCGCGUCGAGGUGCUGCACUGGGGGGAGUGGGGGACCGUGUGCCCCCGUGGCUGGGAUGUGCGGGACGCCGAGGUCGUGUGCCAGCAGCUGGGCUGCGGGACGGCACUGGCAGCGUCGGAAGAGGCCGAUUUCGGUCCCGGAUCCCUGCGCGUGUGGCUGGACAACGUGGAGUGCCAGGGGACGGAGCAGAGCCUGAGGAAAUGCCGGGCCAGCCCCAGAGGAGAGGGCAGCUGCGGCCACCCAAGGCGUGCUGGCGCUGUGUGCUCAGGCUCGGUCAUCUCCAGCUUCGCUCCGCUCCGCCUGUCUGACGGGCCGGGUCCCUGCGCCGGGCGGGUCGAGGUGUUUCACCAGGAGACGUGGGGGACGGUGUGUGACGAUGGCUGGGACUUCCCGGCGGCACAGGCGGUGUGCCGCCAGCUGGACUGCGGCGUCCCCAUUGCGGCUCCGCGCCGUGCUCGCUUCGGCCAGGGACACGGACCGAUCUGGCUGGACAACGUGCGCUGUGCCGGCACCGAGGCCGCCCUCUCCGAAUGCCGGAGCCGGGGAUGGGGCGUCCACCAAUGCCAGCGUGGAGAGGAGGCUGGUGUCGUGUGCUCAGGAUCGGGAUUUUCCGACCUGGGAAGCCUCCGUCUGGCCAACAGCUCGGAUCCGUGCUCCGGGAGAGUUGAAGUGUUCCACGCUCAGCGUUGGGGGGGCGUCUGCACCGACGGCUGGGACCUGGCCGAAGCCCACGUGGUCUGUCGGCAGCUGGGCUGCGGGCCGGCGCGCUCGGCCGGGGGCUCCGGCCCGUUUGGCACUGGGAAUGAUCUGAUCUGGCUGGAUUCUGUGGAUUGCACCGGGAACGAAGCAGCCCUCUUUGAGUGCAAGGUCAAGUUCUGGGGUGCUGAGAGCUGCCAAGGCAGGGGGUCCGCAAGCGUGGUGUGCUCCGCGGCCACAGGAUCCCCAGGGAUCCCCUUCUCCUCCCCAAGCUCCUCCUCGCUCCAGUCCUUGACGCCCUUGGGGCUCUUCGCCCCCUUGUGCCCCUGCGCUCACUGGUGUCACUGCCACUGCUUGGUGACUCGCUCCUGUUUGCCACCACGCUCACACCUGUGCGCCCAGAACCACGACGUGCCGGGAGGGCACCUUGAAAAUGGGGGGUGCGGGGUCCCCCCCGGGUCUCCAGCCACCAUCCAGGUGUUUCCAGCCAGCGGGGGGGUCGUUUUCCUAAUUUUCCUCAUAGAUUUGGACGCAGGGAGCACCGAAGACCUGCGGCUGGCUGACGGCCCGCACCGCUGCGCCGGGAGGGUGGAGAUCUUCCACGACCAGCGCUGGGGGACAGUGUGCGAUGACGGUUGGGACCUCAACGACGCGGUGGUGGUCUGCCGGCAGCUGGGCUGCGGGGUGGCCGUGGGUGCUCCAGGUUUGGCUGCUUUUGGGCAAGGAACUGGCCCCAUUUGGCUACAAGGGGUGAGUUGUCUGGGGACAGAAGCCACCCUCACUGGAUGCCCGGUCAAGCCUUGGCGCCAUCGCGCUUGUAACCACGUGGAAGAUGCCAGCGUUGUGUGCUCGGGUAGGUGGUUCUCCAUCACGUGGACCCAACCCCCACCGUUCCCAUGCAGGCUGGGAUCAAACUGGCCACCCACUGGCCACCCAGUUGCCCAGAUUCCUAGGAACCCUGUUAAACCCGGUGCUGGGAGACACGCCUCAGGAAUCACCAGCAGCCCCCAGCUUCGCCUGUCGGGGGGUCUGAGCCCCUGCGCUGGCAGGGUGGAGGUGUUCUACAACAACCAGUGGGGGACGGUGUGUGAUGACAGCUGGGACCUGGCGGAUGCGGCAGUGGUCUGCCGGCAGCUGGGCUGCGGUGCGGCGCUGGCGGCCCCCGGCUCUGCACACUUCGGCUGGGGCGCGGGGCCUGUCUGGCUGGACGACAUCCGCUGCAGUGGGGAGGAGAGCAACUUCGCUGAGUGUCGCACCAAGAUGUGGGGCGUCCAUGACUGCCACCACGGGGAGGAUGCCGGUGUGGUGUGCGCAGGUAACUCCAGCUCCGCUGACCUACGGCUGGUGGAUGGGCCGCACCGCUGUGCUGGCCGCGUCGAGGUGCUCCAUGCCGGGCAGUGGGGGACGGUGUGCGACGAUGGUUGGGACCUCAAUGAUGCAGCGGUGGUGUGCCGGCAGCUGGGCUGUGGCAGAGCUGAAGCAGGACUUGGCCAAGCUCGUUUCCAGCAGGGAACGGGACACAUCUGGCUGGACGAUGUCAGCUGCUCUGGAAAGGAGGAUGCGCUCACCCAGUGUCGUGCUCGGCCCUGGGGACAGACCAACUGCAACCAUGGAGAAGACGCCAGCGUGGUGUGCUUGGAUGACUCCAACGUCACCUCCACUGUCCGGCUGGUGAAUGGCCCGCACCGCUGUGCUGGGAGGGUGGAGAUCUUCCACAACCAGCGCUGGGGGACGGUGUGCGACGAUGAUUGGGACCUCAACGAUGCGGCGGUGGUCUGCCGGCAGCUGGGCUGCGGGGUGGCCGUGGUGGCCCUGCCGGGAGCUUUUUUUGGGAGGGGGCUGGAUCGCAUCUGGCUCGACAGGGUCGCCUGCCUCGGGGGGGAGAACAGCCUUGCCGAGUGUCCGGCCAGACCUUGGGGGAUCAACAGCUGCCUCCACAUCAAGGACGCCAGCGUGGUCUGCUCAGGUUGGGUGAGGGAAGAGGUGGUGGAAAUCCGCCUGGCUGAAGGACCCCACCGUUGCAGCGGGAGGGUGGAGGUGCUCUACGAAGAGCAAUGGGGGACGGUCUGUGAUGACAACUGGGACCUGGCAGACGCGGCGGUGGUCUGCCGGCAGCUGGGCUGCGGGGCAGCCACUGCGGUCUACGGCCGUGCUCACUUUGGCCAAGGGACCGGGCGCAUCUGGAUGGAUGAUGUCAUCUGCGGCGGGAAUGAGAGCAACCUCGCGCAGUGCCGUGGGCGCCCCUGGGGACACACCAACUGCUACCACCGCGAGGAUGCUGGCGUGGCGUGCUCCAGUGUCAACGCAACGGAGGAGGAGGUGCAGGUCCGCUUGGUCAACGGACCCAACCAUUGUGCCGGGAGAGUGGAGGUGCUCCACGAGGGGCAGUGGGGCACCAUCUGCGAUGACGGGUGGGAUCUGAAGGAUGCUAAGGUGGUCUGCCAGCAGCUGGGCUGCGGGUCGGCUGUGGCAGCCCCAGGUCAUGCGCACUUCGGGCAAGGGUUGGAUCCCAUCUGGUUGGAUGACGUGGAGUGCACCAGUAUGGAGACCACCUUCGCCCAGUGCAACCUGAGGAGCUGGGGGCUCCAUAACUGCAACCACAAUGAAGACGCGGGAGUCGUGUGCUCAGGCACGGACCCCUUGGAGGUGCGGGUGCGGGACGGCCCCGGUCCCUGCGCGGGGCGGGUGGAAGUGCUCUCCAACACUACCUGGUACGGGGUGUGCGGCAGCAGCUGGAGCUUGCUGGAAGCUGAGGUGGUCUGCAGGCAGCUGGGCUGUGGGCCAGCCCAGUCGGCGCCCACCGGAGCCCAGUUCAGCCCCGGGGACGGCCGUGCCUUGCUGGAGGGGCUGAGAUGCCGGGGGACCGAGGGGCUGCUCCUGGAGUGCCAGCAGAAGGAGAUGGGGCCGGGGGCAUGCCGGCAGGGCUCGGCGGCCGGCGUGGUGUGCGCGAUGCCCAAGGGUGCUCCAGCAUCCUGCUCGGUGCUGAUUGCGCUGCUGGCCCUGGUGAUGGUGCUGAGCGGGGUCCUGCUGUGGCUCAACCUGAAGAGGCUCUGCCUGCCAACAGCCCAGGCUGGAGCCCGAUGGCGGCACACCAGGGACCAGGGUGCUUCACCGAAGCCCUUCCCCCCACCGGGAGCCAUCUACCUCCCCACCACCGCAGGAGCCCUGGAGGACACUGACGCCGAGACGAUGGAGCUCAUGAAGGAUGAUCCUGCCCCGGUAGGCCAGGUCCUUGAAGAACUUGUGGCAGAAGCUGCACUUGUAGGGCCGCUCCUGGCUGUGCACGCGGUGGUGCUGGAGGAGCAAGGAGGGCCGGGCGAAAGCCUUCCCGCACACCUCGCACUUGUAGGGACGCUCGCCUGUGUGCGCCCGCUCGUGGAUCACCAGGUAGGACGACUGCUUGAAGGCUUUGCCACAGGUUUUGCAGACGAAAGGGCGCUCGCCCGUGUGCACCCGCUCGUGGGAAGAGAGGGCGUUGGAUUGCUUGAAGCCCUUGCCACAGAGUGGGCAGACGAAGGGGCGGUCGCCCGUGUGCACCCGCUCGUGCACCUUGAGGCUGUGCCCGUAGGUGAACUUCUUCCCGCAGACCCCGCAGACGUGGGGUUUGUCAUCGCAGUGCUGGCGCUGGUGGAGGAGGAGGGCGUUGGAGGUGGGGAAGUCCUUGCCACAGUCGGCGCACUUGAAGGGCUUCUCGGCGCAGUGGGUGAGCGCGUGGCGCUGCAGCUCGUAGGGGGUCUUGAAGCUCUUGGCGCAGCGGGGGCAGCGGAAGGGGCGCUCACCGCUGUGGAUGCGCCGGUGCUCUUGGAGGUUGGAGCUACGCUUGAAACGUUUGCCGCAGAGCUCGCAGCGGAAGGGGCGCUCCUCCGUGUGGACCAGGCGGUGGCUUUUGAAGUCCGAGUGGCGUUUGAAGGAAGCCUGGCAGAGGUCGCAGCGGAAGGGGCGCUCCUCGUUGUGUACCACCUCGUGGCUGAAGAGCUCCCACGCUCGCUUGAAGGCUUUCUCGCACACGCCACACUGGAAGGGCUUCUCGUCCACGAUCACCUCGCGGAUCUCCAGCUCGCCCACCUUGGGGUGGGCCGGCAGCCCCGCUGCCGCCACCUCCUCCAGCUCGCCCACCGCGCUGCCCAGCACCAGCUUGGCCGUGGAGUAGAUGCCGCGCUCGUCGAUCAGCUGCACAAAGUCCGGCUUGGGGCGGGCAUCGUCGGCAAGGGGCAGCUCGGGGGAGCAGGACCGAGACCUUCUCUCUUCCUCCUCUUCCUCGCUACUCCGCGGCACCUCCUCCAGCCCGUUCUCCACGAAGCCCCCCGUCCUGCCCCAGAUCAAGCGCAACCUCUUCCCUUGGGAAGGUCCCGGCUCUUCAGCACUCUCCCCCCGGCCCGGGGAUGCGGGGAUCCGACUCGCCUUGGGUUUCAGGCACAGCCGGUGCUUCCGCCGGCACGGCCGCUGCUCCCCUGGCGCCUGGUGGGCCGGGAAAGCCCCCUCAUCCUCAUCAGUCUUCUGGCAGGGGCUGCCAGCACCCCGAGGGGCGAGAGCGCCCUGGCCACAGCAGCACUGUCCCAAGCGGCGCGGAGAGGCGAGCGUGCCCGGGAGUCGGAUCGUUUCUCGGCCAAGAGGCUGCAGAGCCGCUCCCUUCAGGUUGAGACAGUCGGAUGGUCCAGAACGGGCUGUCCCCUGAGGACUUGUUUGCUCAGCGCCUUCCCGAAAACCAAAUUUCACAAUCCCACCGCCGACGUGACGCCGGUGGCACCAGAGUCGCUUCCUGGUAGAGGCUGGGCUUCUCCCACCAUGCCGGGGACCCACCGCGGGGUCCAGAGGGAGGGGGUUGGGGUGGAGCCGGGGGGUGGGGGAGGAGGACAUGGGACUUCUCAAAUAGCCGGUGCCUUGUGUACUCCUCUGCCUCCUCCCCAUCCUGCGCUUUGUGUCUUUGCUGCCGUCAUGAAGCCUGUCCUCCUGGCGUGUCUCUGGGCUCUCCUGGCCGGAGUCCUGCAGGCAGAAGAUGUAGCCCCCACCAGCCUGGAUAUCCGCCUGGAAGGUGGCCCCAACCGCUGCUCUGGAAGAGUUGAAGUGCUCCACGAGGGCAUCUGGGGCACCGUCUGCGAUGACCGGUGGGAUUUACGGGAGGCCAAGGUGGUGUGCCGGCAGCUGGGCUGCGGGACGGCGCUCUCGGCACCUCGGGAAUCCAAAUACGGAGAAGGGCAAGGCCAGAUCUGGUUGAGCGACCUCAACUGCACGGGGAAGGAGGCGUCCCUCACCGAGUGCGAGGCGAAGGCGUGGGGGGACAACGUCUGCAACCACGUGGAAGAUGCCAGUGUGGAGUGCUCAGGAACAGAAAUACCGGAGCCGGGACCGAUCCGGCUGGUGGGAGGCCCCAACCGAUGUGCUGGAAGGGUUGAGGUGCUUCAUGAAGAGCAGUGGGGCAGCGUGUGCCAUGACGACUGGGAUCUCAAUGAUGCCCAAGUCGUCUGCAAGCAGCUGGGCUGUGGCGAUGCAGUGCUGGCACCCAUCGGGGCCAAGUUUGGACGAGGGUUGGACACCAUCUGGUUGGAUGAUGUGAACUGCACGGGGGGGGAAGCUGCUCUCGCUGACUGCCCAGCGAGGCCAUGGGGGGAACACAACUGCUACCAUGGAGAAGAUGCCAGUGCGAUUUGUGCAGACUCGGGCAUCACCGUUUCCACCUCGGUCCGUCUGGUGGGUGGACCCCACCGCUGCUCUGGAAGAGUUGAGGUGCUCCACGAGGGCAUCUGGGGCACCGUCUGCGAUGACCGGUGGGAUUUACGGGAGGCCAAGGUGGUGUGCCGGCAGCUGGGCUGCGGGACGGCGCUCUCGGCACCUCGGGAAUCCAAAUACGGAGAAGGGCAAGGCCAGAUCUGGUUGAGCGACCUCAACUGCACAGGAACAGAGGCGUCCCUCACCGAGUGCGAGGCGAAGGCGUGGGGGGACAACAUCUGCAACCACGUAGAAGACGCCAGCGUGGAGUGCUCAGAGGUGGAUAUUCCCGAGGAAGGACCGGUCCGGCUGGUGGAUGGUCCAAAUAAAUGUGCUGGGAGAGUGGAGGUGCUCCACGAGAACCGGUGGGGCAGCGUGUGUGAUGACCACUGGGACAUGAAGGAUGCCAAGGUGGUGUGCAAGCAGGUGGGCUGCGGGUCACCGCUGUCAGCUUUGGGAGGCGCUCGCUAUGGGCGAGGCUCAGACAUCAUCUGGCUGGACGACGUGGAGUGCGACGGGACGGAGAAGAGCAUCUCCGACUGCCCGGCCAGGCCGUGGGGCGAACACAACUGCUAUCAUGGGGAAGAUGCUGACGUCAUUUGUGCAGCCAGCAAGAACCUGGAGGAGCCAGAAGCACCAUGAGUGCCACCAGCCCACGCUCACCUUGCAGCAGGGAGAUGGGCCAGCAGGAUUUGGCAGAGGUGGCAACGGGCAGGGAUGGAACCAUCAAUGCGCCGUACCAGGAGCCGGGAUUUGGAAAACCAUUCUCUCUCAUCCUUUGAUCUCGGCUGUAACUGCCCUGAUGGGAAACCCAACCCAACACAUUAUUCCCAAGCAAAUGUCACAAAAUACCAAUAAAAUUCCCUUAAAACUGAA